AUGGGUUUUAUCCUGGGAGGAGCAUUACUUGGAGCCCAGAGCCUUCUGGGCGGCACCGUCCUAGGCGUGGCUGGUGUUGUAGGAGCGACAGUGGCUCUCCCGGUGGUGUUAGGAGCCGCGGGAUUUACCGCGGGAGGCAUUGCUGCAGGAUCGCUGGCCGCAAAGAUGAUGUCUGCAGCUGCGAUCGCCAAUGGCGGAGGCGUGGCUGCAGGAGGCGCGGUUGCCGCUCUGCAGUCAAUCGGUGCUGCUGGACUGUCUCUGGGUACCACAUCUGCCAUCACAGCUG